CACUUCCGGGACUGUCAGUGGCAGGGUAGAGACGGCCAUGGCAGGGAAUAGCUGCGAGUUGAAUGGGAGUGGGAUCCCGGUUUGUAGAAGCUGCGCCGCUCCCGGGGUGUCCAAGUGGGUCCGGCUGAACGUAGGAGGGACGUGCUUCCUGACGACGCGGCAAACCCUGUGCAGGGACCCCAAAUCCUUCCUGUAUCGGCUGUGCCAGGCGGACCCGGACCUGGACUCGGAUAAGGAUGAAACGGGAGCAUAUCUAAUAGACAGAGACCCUACAUACUUUGGGCCAGUAUUGAACUAUUUGAGACACGGAAAACUUGUGAUAAACAGAGACCUAGCAGAAGAAGGUGUUCUGGAAGAAGCAGAAUUCUAUAACAUCACAUCGUUAAUUAAAUUAGUUAAGGACAGAAUACGGGAAAGAGACAGCAAAACAUCACAGGUGCCAAUUAAACAUGUCUAUAGAGUGCUUCAGUGUCAAGAGGAAGAACUGACGCAAAUGGUUUCAACAAUGUCUGAUGGAUGGAAAUUUGAACAGUUGGUCAGUAUUGGCUCUUCCUACAACUACGGAAACGAAGAUCAGGCAGAGUUUUUGUGUGUUGUGUCAAAAGAGCUACAAAAUACCCAAUAUGGCACAACAAGCGAGCCAAGUGAAAAAGCAAAGAUUUUGCAAGAAAGAGGGUCAAGAAUGUGAAGAAUGUUUUUUUUUUUUUUUUUGUUUUGUUUUUUUUAAACAAACUAUUUCAAGCAAAACAUUGACAAGAUGCAAAGAAUUUCCAUGUGGAGGAGCCAAGCGAGGGGGGAGAUCUGCUUUAGCUAACAUAGUAUAGUGGCCGUUUUGAGAACAUAUCCUUGAACGGAUCCUUAAAACCUUAAUAACAGGAAUGAGUUCAAAAAUAGAAAAAAAAAAUAGGUUUUACAGAUGCAAAACUUUGCGUUCUAAUGCUUCUGGUGACUUAACAAUUGUGUGGGAUUUUUUUUUUUUUUUUUUUUCUUGCAAAGUUGUAUAAACCUUGGGCUGACCCACACGAACUGUCUUGGCGCUAUAUCAAAAGUGUAUAAUAAUUGGCAUAACUGACAGGCUUUACAGUUAUUGUAUGGCCCAUAACACCCAUGUUACAGACACUAACCAGGCCAGCUACUGGCACAAUUUGUUUUUGCUAAUUAAAGCAUUACUGACUAUAAGGCAACUUGUUGCAGAUGAAAUAACUAAGCCAUGUCAAUGUUCACAUAUUCUAACAAGGCCUCAUUUUAUUAAGGGAAGAGAAAAGCAUGACCAACUUAUUUUGCACUUAUCUAUUGCUGCAAAAAAUGUUUUUAUAUAGAGAGAACUGCUUUUCUCAAAAUGGAAAUAUGCGAAGCUCCAGUCAAGUGGCAUUUUUCUCAGUUUGUUUUUAAUUUUCUUCCUUAAACUAACUUAUGGGUGAUGGAUGUAGCUUUUCUUCACGUAGAGUAAUGAUGAUUUUGGGUCCUGGCUAAGGGCCCUUACUCAUGGGCGUUUGAAGCUGCGCCCCCCCCCUGCAUUCCGGUUUUAUACGUUCAGCCGCAUGGGAGUGCAGAAGUAGAAUUCUUUUCAAUGCGGCUGCACUCACACAGACGCAUGUAAGCGCCGAACGCAGGUUGGGACGCAGCAUGUUGCAUUUUUCCUACGUUCGUCGCUUACAUGCGUCCGCAUUGAAAAGAAUUAAGCGCAUCUACUCCUGCGCUCCCCUGCAGCUGAAUGCAUAAAACUGGAACGCAGGGGAGCGCAGCUUUAAACGCCCGUAGCAUGUUUUGCCCGAGAUUGGAUAAAUAGUUCGAAUUAUCGGAUGUCUUAGUAAGUAUUUAUUAAGGCAGCUGUGUGUACAUCAUACACUCC